AUGAGCGUGCGUCAGUGGCUGGUCUUGGAUUCCAAGUGGCUGCUAGGGCCACUACAAACCUUUCCGCCAGGAGCUUCUGUGAGGCUCAAAUCCCAGGAUGGGAGAGUCCAUGAAGAGGUUGGAACACAGCUCAACGCAUCCAGGGGGCACAAAAGGGCGAUGAAAACGAGUCGAUACAUCACAAAGGAUGGUGCUAGUCCCGGUGGUGACGGGAACGUCCGCAAGCUGGAGAUCAUUGACAGCUUCGUAACCAGGACAGCUAAUUCGUUUUUGCUCCGCCGCCACAGUACCAAGGUGGAUCGCCUGUGA